AUGACAACGAUGUUCGUCCAACUGCGUGGUGUGGUGUACCUGUUGGUACUUCUGCAGUGCGUGGCUUUCGUGAGCCAUGCAAAUACUGCUGUGGGAGGUGAAUCUUCCGAAGGUCCUACUGUAACUGCUCACGUAGAAAAAAGCGAUGAAGAUUCGGAGGCCGAAGUGAAAAAACCAGAACCGUGUGACCCUGAGAUCUGUCCGAUGGUGGAGAAAAGGUUAGCAGAGUGGAUAAGGAUUGUAGAUGAUUACCUUGCGGAUGGAAGAGGUUGUAGGUCUGUAUGGGAUGCUGUUGUGAACACUGCAAACGAAACCUCAAAGCUUGCGAACACCAGUGCGAUAAAGGUCGGUGGACUUGUAAAGAAAAUCGAAGAGGAACAAACGGUGGGCGAUCAAACUGAGCUCGUUGCCAAGGAUGUGGAGAUUCUAGAGGAUUUGGUGAGAAAGGUUAAAGAAGCUGUGGAUAACACCAGAUCAUCCGUCCUUGAUACAUGGAGAGCAGAAUGGUUUUGCGGACAUAAACGUGGAACAUUGGAGGAAGCGCAGAAUGGGUUCAAAAAAGAGAUUGAUAUUUAUAUACACGAAAGAGUCGCAAUGAGAAAUGAAACGUACUGGACGAUCGAAAGGGUGGAAACUGCAGAGAGAAGCAAUAAAACAUACUUCGAAUUACAAAACAUCACGAAAAGACUAAAGGAUUUGAAGGGUUGGAGUCAAGCCACAAAAGUGAACGUUGAGCAUCGUGUGAAGGCAGCCAAGAAACAACUAAAUGAAGCAAAGGAAAAGCUUGAGAAGAUCAAACCAGGGGAAACAUUGGGCGUUGGCUCAAAGGACGAGGGAAUUAAGAAUAACAUUACUAACAUUACAGGCGAAAUUGAUACUUUUGUUAAGAAAAUCGAAAACUGGAGACCCAAUAAAAAUACAGGACCGAAGGAAAACUCAGUUGAUGCGAGAAUAAAACAGGCAAUUGAAAAUGAAAAAAAAUUGGUGGAACAAGAGAAAGAGACUGAUAAAAAUAAAAGGAUUGAAGAACGAGCCCAGAGAGAGAGAGAAGCGCAGGAGCAAAAAGAAAGAGAAGUACAGGCACAAAGGGCAAGAGAAGCGCAGGAGCAAAAAGAAAGAGAAGCACAGGCACAAAAGACAAGAGAGGCGCAGGAGCAAAAAGAUAGAGAAGUACAGGCCCAAAAGGCAAGAGAGGCGCAGGAGCAAAAAGAAAGAGAAGUACGGGCCCAAGAGGCUAAAGAUGCACUGGAGAAAACGGAAAAGGAACAGCUGGAACGGGCAGCGGAGGAGGCGAGAAAAAAAGCAGAAGCGGCUAAGAAGAAUGACAACAGCGUCAGUCCUGCAUUGGUUCACGUUCCCUUAUUGCUGCUUCUUGUUCUGACUGUUUUGGGCUCCACUCUCGUUUGCUGA